AUGUCUUCGUCAGAGAGCUCAACACCAGACCACACACCGCAGCCUCGCAUGGUUGUGCAAAAUCUUUACAUCCCCGAUGCGGCUGCCGACGAGAUCGACUUGGCCAACCACCCAUGGCUGAUGGCCACCACCAUCAUUGAUGAUGACGACCUAAUGUUUGGGGGAAAGCCGUUGUGCGCUUGGUACGAGGAGGACCGGAGGAUGCUGAGCUCCGCCAUGGACGACGAGGAGACAAGGGGGCGGUCGCGCGAGCGAUCCCGGGGCGACAGCCACCACCACCACCAACAACAACAAUCGCACCAGCAGCCGCAACAUCAAUACCAACUUCAACACCAACAUGGUCGCCAUCAUAGCAAGAAGUCGGCCGAGCCAAAACAGUGA